AUGGCCGUCGCGGUCACAAGCGCCUCGCUGCGCGCCGCCCUGACCGCGCGACUUUCGCGCAUUGCGGCCUCCGCAUCUCUGCAGUCCGCCUCGCAGUCCUCCGCCGCCAGCUUGCUUCCGCGCGCGUCACGAAAAUCGAAGCACGAUGGAGGCAGGCGGGCCGCGCAUGCCGUGUCGGCCAGCGCUGCUGCGGAGGGAUCAGCUGAGAGCGCCGUGGCUGAGAGCGCCGUGGCUGAGAGCGCCGUGGCUGAGAGCGCCGUGGCUGUAGCUGCUGCUGCUUCAGAUGCAGCCGCUCCUGCGGCCACCGGCCCUGAUGUGUGCAGCCUCGCCGAGUCGCUGGAGCUGCGCGUGGGGCGCGUGGUGAAGGCGUGGAAGCACCCCGAGGCGGACAGCCUGUACGUGGAGGAGGUGGACGUGGGCGAGGAGGGCGGCCCGCGCACCAUCUGCAGCGGCCUCGUCAAAUACAUUCCCGAGGCCGACAUGCAGGAUCGGCUGGUGGUGGUGCUGGCGAACUUAAAGCCGCGCAACAUGAGGGGCGUCAAGUCCAACGGCAUGCUGCUCGCCGCCUCCGAUGCCGCCCACGAGAAUGUCCAGCUCCUCUCGCCGCCCGCCGAAGCUGUGCCGGGCGAGCGCAUCUGGUUCGGCGCCGAGGCCGACGGUGCUUUGCAAGCUGCUGCUGCCACUCCGAACCAGGUGUGUAAGAGGCGGAGAUAUGGAACGGUUGCUGAGGCGGGAGGGGGUUGUUGUCAGUGGUAG